GUCUGUCCGGUCAAUGUCGACGACGCCUCAGCACCUGAUUGGACUGGCAUCGCUACUACUGAUGCACUGUGGACUGAAACCCUCAGUGGAACUGUUGAUGAAGUCUGGUCUUGCUGGACCUCAGAUGUUGAAAAGUGGCUUCUCGCAGCCGGAUGUCUCCAGCAGAAGAGUCCCGAAAGGCCUCUGGGUAGCGAGCCCAAAGCUGUUCAUGGCCAACACCGCAUGGCCGACCAACAGGAUGUCACCGAAAGACGGCUGCGGCGACACAUCCGACGUCUGCAGGACUUGGAAGAUCACUGGACAACCAUCUUUGGCCAACAGGACUGGAAUCCGGAACCAUUUUGGCAACUCUACGCUGAGGACCUUCCUCCUCGACGACGCGCUCCUAAACUUCCUCCCAUCAACUGUGCCCAGAUCAAGAAGGUUGCCAUGCAGCUGCGACGCAAGGCCUACGGGCCUGACGGCGUGAGCGCCCAAAUGUUGCUCCAACUGCCGCAACCGGCCCUGAUUCGAGCUGGACAGAGACUGGCGGGAGUUUGCCUUGACUACAAGAAAGCUUUUGACUCAGCGGACUAUCGCAUGGGCAUCCAGGUCCUUGAGCGCCUGGGUGCUCCAAGCCGAAUCACCUCAGGUUGCUUCACGAUCAGUGGCGUGAUCCUUGGAGUCCUGCAGCUCUUUGUCUCCUUCUUCCCCCUCCGCCAGCAGAAAAGGCAGGUGGCCGGUGCCGACGCUCUGCUCUUUCCCGAUGACAGGACCAUCGUGGCUCAAGAUGUUCCCACGCUGAAAGCUGCUGAGAGAUGUUGGGACAGAUUGGGUGAAGUCAGUCGAAUGGAAACACAACGCGCUAAGACCCAAUAUUGGGCUCGCACUCUGCAAGCCUAUGCUGAGUUCCAGCGAGAAGGCAUUCAGCCUCAGUUCCAAGUUCAGAUCCUUGGGGUCACCUGUGGUCUCCAAGGCCGAUCCAUGAGCAGCGAGGAAGAAGAAAAGGCUGAGAAGUGCAAGAGACUGGCUAGCCGCAUUGCUGUGCUCCCCAAAGCUCUCAGAUUCAAAGCUAGCCUGUGUUUCUUGAUCCUCUCUCCUAUUUUCACCUGGGGUGUUUUCCUUGGAGGUCAUUACCCGAAUGUGAAGUUUUGCAAAUCCUUGAAAACUAAUUAUUUUCUUCCAGGCUGUCAAAAGAUUCGAUUCACAUGA